GGAGGUAACUGCUGUAGAUGUAGGUAUAGAUACAGCGAAGGCCGGGUACACAUUCGUCGGUCUCACAGUAGUGCAAGCUCCACUAUCCUCACCAUAUAAUGGCAGAAUCUCCGUCUAACGCCGACAUCAUUAAGGAAAUCAGGACGAAGUUUGUGGGGAAGUGGAAAAUGGUGGAAUCUAAUAACUUCGAAGCUUUCCUCAAAGCAAUGGAUGCCCCGUUCCUUGCCCGUAAAAUGGCUGGCACCAUGAAGCCAGACUGUGAAAUCAGCAUCAUUGACGACCAGGUUCGCAUCUACAUGUCAACUAUGGUCACGUCACAAGACUUCCUCUUCAGAUUCGGGGAAACGUUUGAUCAGGAAACGGAACGCGGUAAAGCUAAGUUGCACCCAACGUUUGUUGAUGGGAAGAUAGUCUUUGAUGUGGACCCUUUUGACUCGAAACACAAGAAGAACAAAGUGAUCCGUGAGAUCAAGGAUGGCAAACUGAUCCUUACACUUGAGGCGGGGAACACCGUUGCAACAAGAAUAUUUGAACGUGCAUAGGGUCGUUGGUGUUGCACGUUGUUGCAAUGUUCUGAUCGCAGUGAUCUGUUUGGCGUACGCAGGAAUAUUCGAGAUAUUUACGACAUUCGCAAAUACCUGUGAAUAAGUUGCACCUUAAAACAAUGUAUUCUUUUCACAACACUAGAUAUAUAUUUUAUGGACCAGCUCCAUGUUAUGCCAUAUACAUUUCCACGUGACGGUACUAACAACAUUGACACUUACUCGUAAUUUGUUAAACCCUGAAAUUACAUUUUAAAAUAAAUGAGAUGGAGAUUGAAAGCACUUUAUUUUUUAUUGUAAUAAGACAAAAUUUCAAAACUAUAUCCUUAUCAUCCCCUAUUGUUUUUAAAUAAACCUUUACCUAACUUC